AGAGCUGAGCGACCGGCCGCAGAGCAACAUAAAUGGCUGGUCUUUGUAUCCGUCAAUGCGAGAGAGAUCGGCGGAUAGAUUGAUUGGAUAUACCAUCCGUCUGACAACUGGACGUACGUGAAAUACAGCGCGGUUUGGUCUUAUUGAGCCUGCGCUAACAGAAAAGAGGAGGUUCCCGAAUAGAGUCCUUUAUUUAUUUCUUUGUUUCCAGUGGGGAAAAAUAAUAACAGCGACAUAUACUACAGGCACUUCAUUUAUUAUCUUUGUCCGUAUACACUAGAAAACUGGAUAAGAUUACAGUGGUUACUCGAAGGCCAAAGCCAAGGGGAGGAGGAUGAAGCGGCGCAAUGCGGACUGCAGCAAACUCCGACGGCCGUUAAAACGGAACCGAAUCACCGAGGGUAUAUACGGCAGUACCUUCUUGUACCUGAAGUUCCUAGUGGUGUGGGCGCUGGUACUACUGGCAGACUUUGUACUGGAGUUCAGGUUUGAGUACCUCUGGCCAUUCUGGCUCUUCAUCCGGAGUGUGUAUGACUCCUUUAGAUACCAGGGGCUGGCCUUCUCAGUAUUCUUUGUAUGUGUGGCGUUUACCUCGGACAUCAUUUGCCUCCUCUUCAUCCCAGUGCAAUGGCUAUUCUUUGCUGCCAGUACUUAUGUGUGGGUGCAGUAUGUUUGGCAUACAGAGAGAGGAGUCUGUCUGCCCACCGUAUCGCUAUGGAUACUCUUUGUGUACAUAGAGGCAGCCAUCAGAUUCAAAGACUUGAAGAACUUCCAUGUGGACCUGUGUCGUCCUUUUGCUGCACACUGCAUUGGCUACCCAGUGGUCACACUGGGCUUUGGUUUCAAGAGCUAUGUAAGCUAUAAGAUGCGCCUCCGGAAGCAGAAGGAGGUUCAAAAAGAGAAUGAGUUUUACAUGCAGCUCCUACAACAGGCUCUACCUCCAGAGCAACAGAUGCUUCAGAGGCAGGAGCGAGAAGCAGAGGAAGCAGCAGCUGCAGCUAAAGGAAUGUCUGAGGUGGAUGCCACCCCAGUGUCACAGAAUGGUGCCCCAGCCAAUAAAAAGACAUCGGCACCACUGCCAGAGCUAGAAUAUAGAGAAAAAGGGAAAGAGGGAAGGGGUGGUGGGGAGGCUAAAAAGCAGCACAACAGCAACAGCAUCUUACCAUCAUCAGUGGACUCUAAACUCCAGGAGAUGGAGUAUAUGGAGAACCAUAUGAACAACAAGAGACUGACCACAGAGCUGGGCAGCACAGAGAACCUGUUGCUUAAAGAGGACAACAAUUCCUCCUGUUCCUCCUCUUCCUCAUCCUCCUCCAAAAACUACAAAAAUGCUAGCAGCAAUGCCGCAACACUCAACUCCUCCCCCCGCGGUCAUAGUGCCACCAAUGGCAGCGUACCCUCCUCUACACCAUCUUCCUCGUCUUCCACGGGGAAGAAUGAGAAGAAGCACAAGUUGGCAGUAGGAAAGGGGACAGCAGGUGGCUCCCACAGGGAUCCCACUGAUAACUGUAUCCCCAACAACCAGCUGAGCAAACCAGAAGCACUUGUUAGAUUGGAGCAGGACGUUAAAAAGUUAAAGGCAGACCUUCAGGCCAGCCGGCAGGUGGAGCAGGACCUGCGCAGCCAGAUCGGUUCACUGGGCAGCGCUGAGCGCUCCAUACGCACUGAGCUGGGCCAGCUGCGCCAGGAGAACGAGCUACUGCAGAACAAGCUCCACAAUGCUGUGCAGGCAAAGCAAAAGGACAAACAGGCAGUGGGCCAACUGGAGAAGAGGCUCAAAGCAGAACAGGAGGCUCGAGCCACAGCCGAGAAGCAGCUUGCAGAUGAAAAGAAGCGGAAGAAGCUCGAGGAGGCCACAGCAGCCAGAGCAGUAGCACUAGCAGCAGCAUCCCGAGGAGAAUGUACAGACACACUGCGGCGGCGAAUUACUGAAUUAGAAACAGAGUGUAAGAAACUAACAAUGGACAUCAAGCUUAAGGAAGACCAGAUCCGAGAACUUGAAUUAAAAGUACAGGAGCUUCAUAAAUAUAAAGAGAAUGAAAAAGACACAGAGGUGCUGAUGUCAGCACUGUCAGCCAUGCAGGAUAAGACCCAGCACUUGGAGAACAGCCUCAGCGCAGAGACCAGGAUCAAACUAGACCUCUUCUCUGCACUGGGAGACGCCAAGAGACAGCUCGAGAUUGCACAAGGUCAAAUUAUGCAGAAGGACCAGGAGAUAAAAGAUCUGAAGCAGAAGAUAGCCGAAGUGAUGGCCGUCAUGCCCAGCAUCUCCUAUACGGCCGACACCAGCAGCAUGACCCCCGUCGCCCCCCACUACUCCUCCAAGUUCAUGGACACCAAUCCCUCUGGCCUAGACCCCAACGCCUCCGUUUACCAGCCACUCAAAAAGUGAACGCUUUGUCCCAGCUCCUACCCAUUCUUCCAUCCAUCCUCAUAUCUUUUUAAUUUUUUUUUUCCUGCAGACCCGUUUCUUUCCAAUCUACUCGGCAUGUCUGCAGCUGAGAACGUUGUUUUUCUUGGUUUUUUUGUUUUCUCCAUGCCAGGUCAGAAGGAUGUUGUAUUGUGUGACUGUAUUUGUUGUAGUUAAAACAAAAGACAAAAAAAAACUUAAACGGACAUCACUUGUCAACUAGGAAAGCCCCAGGUUUUUUUUCUCUUAAAUGUCUAGUGAAACCUCACAGAAUCGGGUAUUUAUCUUCAUCUCAAGGGUGUUGCUCUCCCUCUUCCACCAUCACUGCAACCACCUGCAACCAGUUACCUGCUCAUGUGUCCUGGGGAACAGCUGCUUUUUUUUUUAAUUAAUUUUUUUUUUAGGUUGCUCUUUUUAUCCCCUCCCACAUAAAGUUGGAAAACAGUUCUCCUCUGUCACACAGGCUGACUUGUAUCCCGGUCUUGUUUUGUUUUUCUCCCAACAUUUGUACAACCAGAGGAAUGUAGUGCAAAGUUGGCACAAUCUCUUGCCCAGUUAUUAGUAUCUCUUGCCCAGUAUUUAAUUUAUUGUUUGAUGCCACAAUCAAACACCAAACUCACCCUCUCUCAGCUAUUUUAGGUUUGACAAAUAGUUUUGGACUUUAUAAAAUGUAUUGUGUGAAUCUGUUCACUCUUAAACAUCUGGGCGUUGAUUGUGGAAACUUCGGUUUGUCAGCUCAAAUAUUGUACUUCAGUGAAGAAAAUUUAACUCAUGCAGAUCCAAAUAUUCAGUGUAAGGAAAAAACUGCAGUUCUACUAAUGUAUUUUCUGAAAGAGUGCAGGUAGAGGAGUUCCCACACAGUGUCCACUUUGUCAAUAUUCUGCAUAGCCAGAUCACAGUGCCUUGAUUGAAGUCAUGAGUUUGAUAAGAAGAUAACAAAACCCCUCUGAAUUAGUUGUGAAGCAUCUGGCUAAGAUGAGAAGGAUAAGAAUUUGACCCUGCCAAGUAAAGUGGGACAAAGUUGCCUUUGGUUGUUGAUUUGGAUUUUUGGAGUCCUUUCUGAUUUACCCACUGAUGGGGAGAUGAUCUGUUUUGUGCACUCAAGGGCAGCUUUGUCUUUGGCACAGCUUACAUUUAAUAGCCCUGGUUAAGACAUGGAUUGGACCAAGAUUUGGUCAUUCUGUUUUUUUCUGGUGUUGUCAUUAUUUUUAACACAAAGUUAUCCCAGACAGCGUAUACUGCACACAGGUCUCCAGCUCAUCAGUUACCCACUCAUGAAGGCUCUUCUCUACUGCUCACAAAACCCAAACUCCUCAGUUUAGCUGCUGCCCCCUCUUUUCUUUUUUCUUUAAUUUCCAAUUUAAAAUUGCACUCUAAACACAUGCUGUUUCAAAGGGAAAACUAUAUAGAUGGACUGUGCAAUGUAUUCAAGAAACAAAGCUUUGAAAAUGCCAACUUUAAUAUUGCAGUUGAAAUUAUUUUAUAUUAAAUUAAUAUUCCAUUUCAGUUUGUGUGCCAAGAAUGGAAUGCUUGUUUCUCUAUUAAUGUGUUCAAGAAUGUACUGCAAAUACAUUGGCUGACAUGUUUGUCAAUUAUCCUCCUCAAUUAUCACUUAAUGGAAGUUUGUGUUAAGCAGGUAGAGAAAGUGGUCACCUGUUUGUAGUAGACGGUAGUUGAAAGUAAGGGACUAGAAAAUCAAAUUUCUUUUUGUGAAUGUUACAGUAUUUGCAACUGUUGGGCAAGUGGGUGUUAAAGCAGUUUUCCUAACUCCUAUUUCUGGUAUUAUUGUUAUUUCCUGUAGGGAGAAAUCCCUUGAGUCUGAUGUGGUCUCACCAUCAUCUGAAAUGGUCAUUGUGCGUGUGGUUUUCACUUUCUGUAUAUGGAGAAGCUUUUUCGCUCAGAUUGCUGUCAUUGGAUCUUGGAAAAAAAAUGUUGUGAAAUUUACAGUUUAGUCAGUUGUUUGGUCAACUGAUUGUUGAAAGUAUAGAAAAAAAUGUUCUGUUUGUUUUUUGUUUUCUAUGCCCACAGUCACUGCUCUGUUUCUCCCCAGGUCUGACCUUGGCUGCGCUCUCGCUCUGUGAGGUUUACAAAGAAUAAACUUUUUUUUUUUCUUGCAAAAUGA